UCGUUUGAACUUGAAUCGAUUCGUUGGUUCUAUUUCUUUCCUUUAUUUCUCAAGUAAAUAAUAAUGUCGGAAGCGAAAAGCUCUGCAAUUAGUAAAAUUCUGAGAUCCGAAUUUUCUCAGAUUGAUGACAGCAUCUAUCAGUAUAUAGAAGGUGUAUUGGAUGUUGGAGAUGAUUUUCAAAAUUCUAAUGAAGUCUACGAAGCAAUUGGAGAAGUCCUUCAUGAGGUUGCUGCCAACAAAGGAGAGGACGAGAUCAGGAAACUAUGCCAACAGCUCUUGACAGUUUUAAAACCUGACUUGGUUGACGGCCAGCAGAAUGGAGUACAUUCUAGUUACAAUGGCGGUGAAAGAAAACUCCUCAACAAUCCAGUUAUGAUGAGUGAUGCUGCGUCAUUCAUGAAGGAAAAUGAUGGAGAGGCCCCAGCUGCAAGUAUAUGGAAUAAACCCAAAGGAGAGGAUAUGAAAGUUGACACCAGGAAACUAGAAAAGGCUGAAGCCAAACUGCAGCAAAAGCAACAGAUAAAGAAGGAGAAGAACUCUAAUGCACCUUCAAAUGCUACAGCUUCUCAAGUAUUGACGAAAAAGGAAACCAGAAUGGAAGCCAAAGGCACAAACAAUUGCAAAGAUAUUCGUAUUGAGAAUUUUGAUAUUGCCUACGGAGACAAACUCUUGUUGCAAGGUUCUGACCUUUCUUUGGCUCAUGGCCGACGGUAUGGUUUUGUCGGCCGAAAUGGACUUGGAAAAACGACGUUGCUCCGCAUGAUUUCAUCUGGGCAAUUACGGAUUCCGUCGCACAUUUCCAUAUUGCACGUUGAACAGGAAGUUGUCGGCGACGAAACUCCAGCCAUUCAGAGCGUAUUGGAGUGCGACUUCAAAAGAGAAGCUUUACUCAAAGAGGAGAAGGAACUUGGCGAAAAAAUGAACGGUCCCAGUGCGGAUCCUGAAAUGAGCGCGAGAUUGUCUCAAAUCUACAUUGAACUUCAAGCCAUUGAUGCUGACAAAGCACCAGCAAGAGCGGCGCAGAUUUUGGCCGGCUUGGGCUUCUCUCCAGAGGGCCAGUUGAAGGCGACUAAAACUUUUUCUGGCGGCUGGAGAAUGCGUCUAGCUUUGGCGAGAGCACUAUUCUCAAAGCCAGAUUUACUCCUUCUCGAUGAACCGACGAACAUGUUGGACAUGAAGGCUAUCAUUUGGCUCGAGGAUUAUCUUCAAAAUUGGCCUUCCACUCUGCUAGUAGUUUCUCACGACCGAAAUUUCUUGGAUUCUGUUCCUACCGAUAUCAUUUUUCUACAUGCGCAAUGUCUAGAAAGUUACAGAGGUAAUUACGAGAACUUUGUUCGUUCAAGAACAGAAAAGUUUAAAAAUCAGCAACGAGAGUACGAGGCACAGCAGCAGUUGAGGGAGCACGUCCAAGAGUUUAUUGAUAAAUUCCGUUACAACGCCAAGAGAGCUUCCUUGGUUCAGAGUAAAAUCAAAAUGUUGGAGAAACUGCCUGAAUUAAAACCUGUAGAAAAGGAAGUUGAAGUCAUCCUGAGGUUUCCUGAAGUCGAGCCUAUUGCACCUCCCGCAAUUCAAUUGGACGAGAUGUCUUUCGGGUAUACUGAAGGGAAAACUAUUCUCACUCGUGUUAAUCUGUCGGCUGGAUCCGACUCGAGAAUCUGCAUCGUUGGUGAAAACGGUGCCGGCAAGACUACUCUUUUGAAGAUUCUUACCGGCGAAUAUAAUCCCACGUCUGGAAUGAGGCAUAAUAGCCGGCAUUUACGUAUAGGUUAUUUCAGUCAGCAUCACGUUGAUCAGCUUGAUCUGUCCUUAUGUCCUGUCGAGCUGCUGCAAACCAAAUUUCCUGGUAAGCCCAUCGAAGAGUAUCGGCGUCUGCUGGGUAGUUUUGGUGUAUCCGGUGACCUUGCCCUUCAGAACAUUGCUAGUCUCUCUGGAGGUCAGAAAUCUCGCGUGGCCUUUGCUGUCUUAGGAACAGCCCGGCCCAAUUUCCUCAUCCUCGACGAGCCGACCAAUCACUUGGACAUUGAAACGAUCGAAGCCCUUGGAAAAGCCUUGGGGAAAUAUCAGGGUGGCGUCGUUCUAGUUUCUCACGACGAGCGACUUAUCCGAAUGGUCUGCAAGGAGUUGUGGGUCUGCGCCGGCGGUUCGGUACGCUCGAUUGAGGGCGGAUUCGACGAAUAUCGCAAGAUGGUGCAGAGAGAACUCCAAGAGGUCAACAAAUAGCUUAAUUAAUUGUAAAUAAGCCCCUAUUGGUAAACGAAUUUUUUUUUAACCUGUUACCUUACGGAUCUUAUUGCUUUUUUUUGGUCAUGAUGCGAUGAGUUUCUUUUCGACACAUACACAAAAUUCAAGCUAUGACGGCAAUAAAAAACAAAACUCUGGGUGACUGA